AUGAACUCUACAUCACCGCCACCAUACUUCUACGAGGUGCCGCUGGGACGGUCGAAUACAACGACGCAUGAUAAUGCGCCUAUGUACUACCUAGAAAAGCCCUUGGCCAGAUCAAACACAAUGUCCGCAACCUCUGUCAUGACGGAACGCACACGGUCGACACCUCUCUCGAGGUUGUUGUUGUCGGGGGAGGUCAGCGGAGAGGCGCCUCGCGGCUUAACAGCGAAAGAGAAGUUGGAAAGGUGGAUGGUCAACGAAGGUUCAAGACGGGUGGUAGUGGGACUGUUCGUGCUGGUUCACGCACUGAUCUUUGCCUUCGGCUUCAUGAAUUAUCAGCUGAAGGACAACCUCACAACUGCGCGCGCGACUUUUGGCAUCACGUACCCUAUCGCAAGAUCCGCGGCACUCGUCUUGCAUUUUGACGUUGCCCUAAUCCUCUUUCCCGUCUGCCGGACCUUGAUCUCCUUACUGCGCCAGACACCUCUCAACAGCAUCGUCCCUUUCGACAAGAACAUCACUUUUCACAAGACCGUCGCCUACUCAAUCGUCUUCUUUACUUGGGUCCAUACCAUUGCGCACUGGAACAACUUUGCCCAGCUUGCAGCUAAGCAAAAUGUCGGUUUCGUUGGAUUCCUGAAAAUCAACUUUCUUACUGGCCCUGGCUGGUCCGGCUAUGUGAUGCUGUUCGCUUUGAUGGCAAUGUUCUUCACCUCGAUCGAGAAACCCAGGCGUGCAAAUUACGAGCGCUUCUGGUCCAUCCACCAUCUCUUCAUCGUCUUCUUUGGCUUCUGGUCAGUCCAUGGCGCCUUUUGCAUGAUCAAGACCGACAGCCCGCCUUUUUGCUUUGGCACAGGUGUCUUCUGGGAGUACUGGAUGUACGGCGGCUUUGCCUACCUGUUAGAACGAGUCCUUCGAGAGGUCCGUGGACGCCACAAGACCUAUGUCACUAAGGUCAUCCAACAUCCUAGUAACGUCGUGGAAAUUCAGAUGCACAAGGAGAGGACGAAGACCAGGGCCGGUCAGUACAUCUUCCUAUGUUGCCCCGAAAUCUCCAUCUGGCAAUACCAUCCCUUCACCUUAACCUCGGCUCCCGAGGAAGACUACAUCUCGGUCCACGUCCGCAUGGUCGGCAACUUCACCAAAGCCCUGGGCAAAGCUCUGGGCUGCGAAGAAGGCAAAGGCGCAAGAGGCGGUGACAAACGCUCAGAAGUGGUCUCUAUGGCACCAGGCGCGGGUCUGACCAAACUACUACCCCGGAUUUACGUUGAUGGCCCAUUUGGCUCUGCCUCUGAGGAUGUGUUCAAGUUCGAGACUGCCGUUCUCGUCGGUGCUGGUAUUGGAGUCACGCCCUUCGCCAGUAUUCUCAAGUCUAUCUGGUACCGCAUGAGCGCCGGAAGAGACAGCAAUAUACGCCUACGCAAAGUGUACUUUUUCUGGGUCUGCCGUGACUUUGGAUCCCUCGAAUGGUUCAAGAGUCUGCUCAUGGCAAUUGAGUCGCAAGACAAGCAACACAAGAUCGAAAUACAUGCUUAUCUCACUGCCAAAAUAUCCGCAGCGGAUGCGAACAACAUCAUGCUCAACUCCACUGACGCCGAUGCCAUUACCGGCUUACGGACGCCUACCAACUUCGGCCGCCCAAACUGGGACAUGGUUUUCCGGGCCGUUCGGAAGCUACAUUCACCUGGCGAGGCUGGAGUGUUCUUUUGCGGUCCAAAAGGCCUCGGCUCUCAAUUGCACAUCAAGUGCAACAUGUAUAGCGAAGGCGCCAAAGGAUUUAACUUUGUCUGGGGCAAGGAAAAUUUCUAG